GGUUGACUUGUCGCAAUCGGCUAGUUGGACCGCCAUCUUGGAUCAAGAAAGGGGUUUUAAACCCGAUAAAGGAAACAGCGUUAUGUUUUUAUGAAUUGUAAAUAUUCACAUUUGCUUAUAGGGAAAAAUAAUAAUAAUAAUAACAGUAGUCAUGAAAAGUAAUCUUAAUUAGCCCGUACAAUAGAUUGUCAAGAGAAACAUCACCGUUAACGAAGAAACAACAUAGUGGGGAUUUUUCCUGCUUGAAGUUUUGUUUAUGUUAUUGAAUUGAAACAUGGACUCUACAAAUUCAGAUAUGUCAGAUGUACCCUCGCUGGCCGGGAACCAGUCUGGCAGUGCAGCUGUGGUCCAGAAAGCCAACAACAAGAGGCGCGCCAUCCCUGAUUUUGAUGAUGACGAUGAUGAUGGAAGCAAACUCUUCAGGUGCGAUGAUGAUUUGGGGGGAUCAAAUGACAAAGAGCGUUUUGCCAGAGAGAACCACAGCGAGAUCGAGAGGCGCCGUCGGAACAAGAUGACGGCUUACAUCACGGAGCUGUCGGACAUGGUGCCCACCUGCAGCGCCCUGGCCCGCAAGCCCGACAAGCUGACCAUCCUGCGCAUGGCCGUGUCGCACAUGAAGUCCCUGCGCGGCAGCGGCAACACGGCCCCCGACGGCAGCUACAAGCCGUCCUUCCUCACCGACCAGGAGCUGAAGCACUUGAUCCUGGAGGCGGCGGACGGCUUCCUGUUCGUGGCGUCGUGCGAGUCGGGCAGGGUGGUGUACGUGUCGGACUCGGUGACGCCCGUGCUGAACCAGCCGCAGUCCGAGUGGCUGGGCGGCUCGCUGUACGACCAGCUGCACCCCGACGACACGGACAAGCUGAGGGAGCAGCUGUCCACCACCGAGAGCAGCACCAGCGGACGAAUGCUGGACCUGAAGACGGGCACGGUGAAGAAGGAGGGGCAGCAGUCUGCGGUCAGGAUGUGCAUGGGCUCCCGUAGGUCCUUCAUCUGCAGGAUGAGGGUUGGAAUGAGUUCGGUGGAGCCAGUGUCCAUGAACCGGCUGAGUUUCCUGAGGAGCAGGAACAGGAAUGGUUUGGGUCCAGUAAAAGAGGGAGAACCACAGUAUGUGGUGGUGCACUGUACCGGUUACAUUAAGUCCUGGCCUCCUGCAGGGGUGUCUCUCUCAGAAGAGGAAACGGACACCAACCAGGGAAGCCGCUUCUGUCUGGUGGCCAUUGGGAGGCUGCAGGUGACCUGCUGCCCCAGUGACACCGACAUGAGCAACAUCAGCGUCCCCGUGGAGUUCAUCUCCCGCCACAACUGCCAGGGCAUCUUCACCUUCGUGGACCACCGCUGCCUGAACACUGUGGGCUACCAGCCCCAGGAGCUGCUGGGGAAGGAUAUUCUGGAGUUGGCUCAUCCUGAGGAUCAGGGUCUCCUGAGAGACAGUUUCCAGCAGGUGUUGAAGCUGAAGGGGCAGGUUCUGUCUGUGAUGUUCCGUUUUCGGUCCAAGUCCCGGGAGUGGAUCUGGAUGCGCACAAGCUCCUUCACCUUCCAGAACCCGUUCUCUGAGGAGAUCGAGUACAUCAUCUGCACCAAUGCUAAUGUCAGUAGGGCCUCGACUCAGGACCCCCUCACCCCCCUCUCCUCCCCAGGCAUGGCACUGCCCCCCUCGCUGGGGCAGAACAGCCCCGGCUGCCCCCAGGUCCUCAGCCCGGGGCAGGUAUCCGCCAGGCAGCUGCAGCAGCAGCAGGCUGAGCUGGAGGCAGGGGGCAGUAGAGAGGGCAUGUAUGAGGCGGGCCCCGUCACGCUACCACAGGUUCCGGUCCAGGCAGUGACCGCAGCGGGACCAGACCACAGUAAGACCCUGGAGAGAGACCCACGCUUCUCUGACCUCUUCACAGAGCCAAAGGCACUUCCUUCCAGUUCUGCCCCAGUACCCCAGCAGAUUUACCCCCAGGGCACCUCCUACACCGCUGCCCGGCCAAACGACUCCUUCAGGCCGGCCGGAAUGGCCCAGCAGCUGGUGCAGCCCUCGCCGUCUGCCGGGCAGAUGCUGGCCCACAUGUCCCGCCAAAACGGCCCCAACCCCACCUGCCCCUCUGUGGAGCCCCCCAGCAAUAACAGCCCCAUCCAGGUCCAGGCGGGAGCUACGGGGGGGGCAGGGGGCUGGGCUGGGGCCCGACCCCCCUUCAAUACUCAGCAGGUGGCAGCGCAGACGGGGAAGAUUCAGGCGGCCCAGUUUCCCCUGGCGGGGUUCGCUUCUGGCUCGUCCUCCUCCUCUUUUAACGCCAUGAGUGCAGGUGCUCCGGCCCCAUCGAACACUGCAACCUACCCCCCCCUCAACUCCCGCAACAACCCCGCAGUCAAUGGCUAUGCAGAUGGCAAUCAGUCAGUGGCGCAGUUCCCCUCCAGAACAGCAGAGGCAGUGUGGCAGGCACAGUGGCAGAACCAGUCCCAUGCACAGGGCACAGCGGAGGCACACCAGCAGGCACAGUCCAACCAGGCGGAAAUCUUCCCAGACGUGCUCUCCAUGCUGGACCAGUCGCCCAGUUUCAACAAUGACGACUUCCCGGAGCUCUUCACUCCUUUCAAUGAGUGAAGAGGGGGCUGAAUUUUUAGCUCUUGCCUCUUUUUCUUACCCCCCCCCCCCCCCCCCUUUUUCUCUCACCGUCAGAGCUGUGCUGUCUCUUUUAUAAUUUUUGAAAUCAGACGUGAAGUUGCACUGCCCGCGAGGUACAAGACGAUACAGGGAAGGACUAAUCAAACGGUGAGGUAGAGCCGCACAAAAGGGAUCGGAGACCGACCGGCUUUGGAGAGAGAAAAAUGCAGCGAUAAUCAGUAAACCAACAGGGCACAAGCAGGUUAAUAUAGCUGUGAUGAAACUGCCUGGAUCUCAACAGUAAGUGGAUCUGAGGAGAUGCACAGCGCUGAUCUAAAGCAGACUCUGACGCACAAUGCAGUACUUCACUGCAGCACAGCUAACAGGCAGCCAUUACUGGCAAGUUUUAGGAAUAUUUGAAUAGAAAUCCUACUUUGGGCUUUUCCCCUUUCUAGUUCAAAGCAUUACUUUUUAAAGUUUAAAGAGGGUAAGUCCAUAAGAAAACAUGUCCGUCCCUUUUUCUUUUUUUUUUUAGAAAAUAAAUAAUAAUUAUUGAGAAAUAAAUCUUUCUUUUUUUAAAUCCUGUAUACCAUUGUGUGAACCGCAGGAGAUCCUUGUCUAUGUGAAGAUGUUUCUCUUGUUUGAAGGGUAUUCAGGUUAUGUGAGCUCCAGGGUCAUUUGGAAACUGACUGUCAGUUUACCAUUGCUGGCUCUUGGCUCUCUGUUGUACAAAUGCAAAAACUGGAAAAUACUGGGGUAUGUUGGCCUAUACUCAAUGAUUGUAUAUAUACUUGUGGUGCAGGUGUAAAUUCAGUUUGUGUUUAAAUUGUAAAGCUGAAACCAUUGUAGGACAGUGAGCUUUCCGCCAGUGUCGAUGCCGCCAUCGACGCUACUACAUCGAUCUACAUCAGCACUAAGACACAACCUAGACUCAACUGCACUUAAGCACGAACGCGCUGGCUCAGUUACGUUGGCGGCGAUGUCCAUCAAUGUCCAGACCAAGUCAGACUGAAUGCUUCUUGCCUAUCUAAUCACUGUUGCAUUACAAACGCACAUGAUUGAUGACGUCACUGCCGGCUGAAUUGUGCGGUUGGAUUGGCUGGGGAGUGCCGCUCGCAGGGCCUCUGUCCGCCAGGCUGCAGGUCGCCGAUGUCAGGGUGAGCGCGUUUAAUUGCUCUUAAUCGAUUAACCAAAACCCGCCGCAGCUCGACGGGACCGGGUCAGUCACCCCGUGGGCCACCGUAGCUUCGGUAUGACAGGAACGCCCUUCCUCUCCCCCCAGGCCCGACUGCCUGAUCCUCCUCCACGCACAGGUCACCUGCAGGUGCAGCCUGGCUCCACGCACAUGUCUCCUGUUCUGUAGCCCCCUCAGACGUGGACGGUUCUGUUCAGCAGGCAGUGAACACCGUUGUAUAACACAUGCUGAGAUUUACAACCCUUUUUGACUAUGCACAUAAUUUCAGUUGCUGAAUAGUACAGUGCCCACCCGCGACCACUGAAGAAUCUUGCAGUCGUGGUUUUAUGAUCUCCGUUUUAUGGUGCAGAUCUUAUAUUGCCUGCAAAGUGGUAUAUUCCAUUCACGUGCACACAGUGAUUUGGCAGCCACCAUUAUGUAAAACCAUGUCCUACCCCAGCCCCUUUCUCUAUUAUAAAAUGCGUAACCUGUCUUCAUGCCUACUUUCUCCUCCCAAUGUGGAGCAUCCAUGUCGGCCCUUUUCCAGCCCAGGUUAAGUGCAUGGAGCCUCAAGUGUCAUUACAAAGUGUAAUUUCUGUCGCAGGUUUUAUGUGAAGGUAUAUGUUCACUGGUGCUUUGUCCGCAUGCCAUAUUUUCAUUGGUUAGGUCUGCGGGUGCUACUGCCCGAAUGCAGCUAAUCUGAGAGGUCGGGUGUUACGCUCUAUGCUUCCAGCAGCCAAUUCUGUUGAUUCGUAUGAAAUAUGAAAUGAAAUACACUUUAGUAUGCAAUUGUAUAUCCUUAAUGUGAGUAUGUUAUGUAUUUGCAUAUGUAAUAUACACACCUGCGCACACGCACAUGAUUUCCUUGGUGUUUUGUCAGUUCUGUGAUAACGGCACACUCUUCUCACCCUUAACGUGUGGGCUCUCUUUUCUUUUUUUACUCAGAAAAUCAAGAGAUUUUGUACAGAAAAAAUUGUUUUAAUAAAAUGUACAAAUAUUGAAUGAAAGCAAUAAUUACCAGCAGGAAAACACAUAUUUCAAAGCCAUUCAUAUUGUUGUUGUAAGUGUUAGGAUUUUUUAAACGGAACAGACGAAAAGUGUUCACUUCAGGUAUUCAGAUGUUCUGGUUUUGGUCCAGUGUGUUUGAGUGAAGGCCCAGAAUAGCCCUAAUCUAAAGUAGAUGUUUGUUUUGGUUUGGUCUGGUAAUGGGAUCUUAUCUGGAUAGGAUCUUUAUUCACACUUUAAUGAGCUGUGGAAGGUAGAGUAUCCAGUGCGCUGAGCUAAGCAGUGCUGGCCUAACUCCAAACCGAACAGGGCCACACUGGCUUUAAGGGCUAGAUAGAGGUAGGUAUGAAUUCAGAAGUACUGAAAUCCUGAAUUGUAAAUUGCAUUGCGAUUAUGAUGCCCCCUUUCCCAGGCUGAUUCUUCUUAUACAUGUGGAUGUGAGAAUGUGGAUGCAUAAACUCACACCUGCAUAUCCUUUUUUUUUUUUUUUUUAAUACAUGUGUACUUGCCGUUUGUGUCAAUAGUUUUAUUUUUCAUUUGGAAGAGGGCAGUAUUCUUGUGACUUGUGUGUUUUUUUUUUUUUGUUUUUUUUUUGUUUUAAACCACUUGGGGUGUUCCAUGUCAAGGUUUUUACAAUGAUGUGAAUUGCAGUUUAUAUAUUAUGCAUAGAUACACAAAUAUGACUAUAUAUAACAAAAAUGUUAUAAAAGAGUAAAGAGAAUGUUCAAGGGUUUGUUUUUUUUUUGUAUUAAAUUGUUAUAUUGUCCAGAAA